AUGGCCGCCGCUGCAGUUCAGACCCCGCUCCACCCCGGACCUCCAGGUCAGCCAGACAUUGCCUAUACGCCCAACCACGACAACUAUCUCGCACGACUCAAGCGCCGUCAAGAGGUCGAGAAACUUGACAAGUCACUACCGGAAGGGUUCCCCAGAGAGCUGAGAUCUCAGCUCGUUUGGGAUGGCAACAGCUUGGCGGAGAGUUAUGACUGGAACUACGUUCUCACGGACGCUGAUAAGAAGGAGGUCGAUGACGCCCUCCAGCACUUCAAAUCACUGAAAAAGCCUCUUGGCGAGAUUAACCAAGAAACCUUUCCGCUGCCGAACCUCCAUAAGACCCUGCGUGAGAUCUCCAAUGAGAUCCACAACGGCCAUGGUUUCAAGGUGGUUCGUGGUGUGCCAGUCACGAAGUACAGCCGUGAGGAAAACGUCAUCAUCUACGCCGGAAUCUCAUCCCACGUCGCACCUGUCCGCGGAAGACAAGACAAUCAAUUUCAGGGGGAGCCUGCUGAUGUUGUUCUCGCUCACAUCAAGGAUCUCACUAAGGUUGUGGAUGCUCACAGGAUCGGGGCGCCGGCAUACACCACGGAGAAACAGGUCUUCCAUACCGACUCUGGGGAUGUGAUUGCGCUUUUCGCCCUUGGAGAAGCGGCUGAGGGAGGACAGAGCUACCUGUCCAGCAGCUGGUUCGUCUACAAUGAGAUAGCGAGGACCAGACCUGACUUGAUCCGGACAUUGGCGGAGCCGUGGAAUGCUGAUGAGUUUGGGAAGGAUGGAAGGAAGUACAGCACUCGUCCACUUUUGCACUUUCAACCUGCAGCCGACGGUAAACCCGAACGCCUCAUCAUUCAAUAUGCCCGAAGGAGCUUCACCGGGUACUGGGGUCUGCCACGGUCUUCCGACAUUCCCCCCAUUACUGAGGCACAGGCCGAAGCUCUCGACACUCUGCACUUCCUUGCCGAGAAAUACGCUGUAUCGCUCGACUUCCACCAAGGCGAUAUUCAAUACGCGAACAACCUCAGCAUCUUUCACGCGCGCGGCGGAUUCGUUGAUUCCGACGAGAAGCAGAGGCAUUUGAUCCGGCUUUGGCUGCGCGACCCAGAACACGCGUGGAAGACGCCUGAAGCGUUGACGGAAAGGUGGGAUCGUGUCUAUGCUGGUGUGACACCGGAGAAGUCUGUGUUUCCUCUUGAACCACAGAUUCGCAGCGCUAGCCGAGGCGAGUUCAAGCCGGAUGACAAGACGGAUACGAAGGCUUGA